AUGGAGUCCCUCAAGCAAGCCGGCAACUACGUCGCUGAGACCGUUCAACAGGUCACCUCUGGUGCUUCCAAGGAGGCCAACAAGGAGGUUGCCAAGGACAGCAACGUCCCCAUCUCCACCCGUGCCACCGCUGCCAAGGACGCCCUUGGUGACAAGAUUGACGAGACCACCCACGACAAGAAGGCCGACGUCCACAAGGAAGCCAUCUAG